UAAUUUAAGUUCAGUGUCAAGAACUGCAUAAGAGAAGACCUUAUAAUAUCACUUGAGAACUGCAUAAGAGAAGACCUUACAUGUCAUAUCAAAUCAGUGAGAAAAAAGUUUCUACAUCUAUUGAGGCAUUAUGCCGUGGAUAUCCAUCAGAGUUUGCAUCAUAUUUCCAAUACUGCCGAUCACUUCGUUUUGAUGAUAAGCCAGAUUAUGCUUAUCUGAAAAGAAUAUUUUGUGAUCUCUUUAUUCAUGAAGCCAUUCAGUCUCUCAGGGUUAUCACUGAAUGUGGAUCACAUGGUGUAGGAAGAUCGAAGUUGAAAACUUCGGUUAUCAAACUCCUAGAAAAUGAGGGUGUUGAAUGGAGUGAAGAGAAUCGGGGAACCAUAUUGAUCAAGCUCAGUGGUUACAGAGAGUUCAACUUUCUGGAUUCUCAUAGCGAUACUGAGUAAGAUUUCUUAUUCCUCA